AUGACUGAUGGUUUUAGUGAGAAUAUGACUCAUGGUUUGAGUGACAAUAUGACUGACGGUUUGACUGACGGUUUGACUGACGAUUUGACUGACGAUUUGACUGACAAGAUGACUGACGGUUUUAGUGAGAAUAAGACUGAUAGUUUGGGUGACAAUAUGAUUGUUGAUUUGAGUGAGUGUAUGACUUACAGUUUGACUGACAAUAUGACUGACGGCUUUAAUUAG